AUGGCAAGCUCUAUCCCGCAGAAGCUGCACCACAUCCACCUACGAGGCCUUGUUUCCUACGCAACAGCAGCCCUCCUCCAAGAAUCUCUCGUAUCGCGCUUCCUCGCCUCGAAACCGCCACUCAAUGCGUCCCCACCACCACCACACAUCAUAACCGCUGAAUUCACACCCAUCUACACAUGCGGCCGACGAGAAAUCGGCAACGUCUCCCUAGACCAGCAAACCUAUCUCCGCGCCAACAACCGCGCCUCCUUCACCGAGGCCCUCCGCGGCGGCCAAACCACUUUCCACGGCCCCGGUCAACUAGUCGCGUAUCCCAUCAUCGACCUGCGCACCCAUAAACUCACACCUAGAAACUAUAUCUGCUUGUUAGAAAAAAGCCUCAUAGCUACCUGUGCGAAAUACAGUAUCAAAACCAUGACAACAGAGCAUACGGGUGUCUGGACGAGUCCAGAGGAUAAGAUUGCGGCCAUUGGUGUGCAUAUGCGGAGGAAUGUCACGAGCCAUGGGGUGGGGCUGAAUGUGAAUACGGAUUUAUGGUGGUUUGACAGGAUUGUGGCGUGUGGGUUGGAGGGAAAGAGGACGACUAGUUUUGAGAGGCAGGGUGUGGAGGGACAGAGCGUUGAGGAGGUUGGGGGGAGGUUUGUGGACGAGGUGGGCGAAAGGUUGGUGGGUGUGGAGGGCGUGCGGAAGCUGGGUCAAGAGGAGGUUGAGGCGUUACUGGAAAUUUCAAGAGGGACAUGA